GUUGGUAUGGAGUUACAAGCCGGCGAUCAAUUAUGCAAUUGCUUCUUACUCCCUGAUGCCCGCCUCACCGUGAGUCAACGAAUCCAGACUUUGGUAUAAUUAGUCAUCGCCACUGUCAGCGGUUCGGUGUGCGCGCGUGUGUAUAGGAUAUUUCGAAUAGAAAGGAUUGCUUGGAAUUAACAGCACAAUGAAUUCUUCACUUCUGCUAGGAAUCUUUGCGGUCUGUCUGAUCGAUCUUGCUUCUGCACAAUGUGAUCUUCAAGCUGUAAUGGGCUGUCUGUCUGACUUUCAACAACUUUCAAAAUCUGGGUCAACCGAUAUGGCAGCAAUGUGCUUGAGUUUUCAAAAAGCUGUGACUUGCCUUGCGCCCCUCAAGGAGAACUGUAAUUCGGAUGAAAACUUUCAGAGUAGCAUGACCUCGUUUAAUUCUGUCGAAUCAAUGUGUGCAGGUGGUGGCGAAUGUACCGGACGUUUACAGAACUGCUACAUGGAUGCUGGAAUUGACACAACAGGAGGCAUUAAUCCUAAUAUAACUUGUGAAGACGCCAAGACUAUUCAGACCUGUGUGAUGGGCUUAAGUACUGUGUGUGAGGGGAACUAUGUGUUUUCCCAGACCAUGACCAGUUUCCAGGAUGUGGUGUCAAACUGUAUAGGUGGUGAUCAAUGUACCGUAGGUUUACGGAAAUGUUACGUGGAUGCUGGAAUUGACACAACAGAAGGCAGUAAUUCUGAUCUAACUUGUGAAGACGCCACGAAUAUUCAGAAGUGUUUAAUGAGCCUAGGUACUGUGUGUAAGGGGAACUUUGGGUAUGAUGCGUCCAUGACCAGUGUUCAGCGUGUGGUAACGAAUUGUACAGCAAUGUGUAACUAUAUUAAGGAAUGCAACAUGGAUUAUACUUUUCCAAACGGCAUCCCAAGCAAAGCGGAUUAUGAGUCGGGGUGUCGUGCUAUUGAAUGCGUGGAAUCUAAAUACAAACGAUGUUUUACUGAUAAAGCCAUGGAAAGCUCAAUCAAAAAAAUGAAAGCCUUUUGUAUGGAUGCCAACUUAAAGAAUGGACUGGAGACCUACAAGGAUUGUCUGGCUACGUCAACCAUUAAUGAGGAUUGUAAAGGGCACCUGGCCCCAAAAAUUGAAAUAGGGGGUAACGAGACUGAAGCUGAGGAGUGUAUGAGAAUAGAAGAAUAUGCCAUGUGUGCCAAGAAUGGAGUGACAAGCUGUGACGAAGAGGGCAUCCAGGCAUAUGCUGAAGACACCGCUAGAAAGGUCAUCAUGCUGAAGGCGAGCCGUGAGGGUGGAAUCGAGUGCCCUACUAGUGCAGGAGUUCAGGCCUUUUCAUCCUAUGUCCUUAUUCUGGCUGCUGCCUUGCUGAUGUUUACAAAGGCCUUUUAAGGAUACAUCCCAACCUGCUUACCUCUUAAUAGUGAUAUGAGCAUUCCAUGGAAAUUAGUGAUAUUAUUCAGGACUAAAGAUAAAAACACCAAGGGAAACAGACAGAAUACAACAGUGGUAUCAAUAUGUUGCAAUGUUGGUGAGGGAUUUUACCAACUAAAAAAAUUAAUAAUUAAAAGGAAAUCUUAUAAAAGAAUCAUGAUAAAGUGAAACUAAAUGAGGCUUAAUAUUGUUCAUAAAUUAUCAAUCACCUAGAAUGUUCAUGUAUUUAAUUGGUUGAUGUUUAUCCUUUACUACAUAAUGGAUAUUUUGAAAGAUCAAGAAUAAUGUUUUAUUAUACUGAAUUUCUUUCGUUUACUGUUGAAAAUAUAUCAUUCAAUGCUAAAAAUAUCACUUAAUUCUCAAUUGUGCUUCAGCUUGUAGAAAGUUAUGGUCCUUUAGAAAGCGUUUGAAGAUUAAACAGGGUAAUAACAGCUUAAGAAAGCUCUAUGCAAUUGUUGCUUGAGGUUUUUUAAAGCAUAUCCAUUGGUUAAUGUGUUGGUAAAAUGAGAAUUGAUGGUUCCGGAUUUUCAGGAGUAAAUUAUUUUUUAAACUGAUAUUCAUUGACUUUCCUCAAAUUAGAUUACUGAAUGUUGGUAGUGUUUUUUUUACAAGUGUAAACUAGUCGUGUCAAUCUAUAUGAAUGUUGUGUAAAAAAUGAUUGAAUGGUGUCAUAAAUGAUUGUUGUCUUCAAUGUAUGAAUUGUAAAUAUACUAUGUAUGUAUUGUAUAUGUUGCAAUUUAUCUAGCGUUGGGUUUUAAUGGCUACAUUUUUAUGUUUUUAAUCAUUGUGUUUAAAUGGUUUUAUGAUUAUGUCUUCCAGUCAUGAAGAAAUCACAUGAGACAAGCGGUAUGUUUCAACAUACUACCUCUCUCCUAAUCAUCUAUCUUCAUAUAUUAUCAUUAUGCGACUAUGGUUAUAGGUUCUUACUUAAACUAUUUGAAUGAUAUUACCUUUAUAUGAUAUUUUUUACAACAAAAUAUUACUUUUUAAUUAAAACCAUUGGGUUUUUAUGGAUCAAAACUUGCCUACUUCCCAAUUUUUGGAACGGUUUUCUAUUUUUUCUGUCUUAGUAUAUUGUUCAUAAUUUACUGUAACAAUAAUUGUGCUUUUUAUGAAAUAAACUGUCGUACACAGCAA